AUGGAGAACACGACGGAAAAGUCGACUGGUCUCGAGAUCAAGCCGGCACACGACAACACCGACUCGUCGCUCAACGGCUCCAAGCACGAUGUCGAGGCCGCCGACACCCAACUGAAGCGCAGCCUUUCGGCUCACCACCUGCAGUUCCUCGCCAUCGGAGGCACGAUAGGCACCGGUCUGUUCCUGGGCAGUGGUACCGCCCUCGCGACCGCCGGCCCUGUCAGCACCCUCAUUGCCUUUAUCUUUGUCGGCACCAUUGUCUACUCCGUCAUGGUCUCCCUCGGCGAAAUGGCCACCUUCAUCCCUGUGCCCGGCUCCUUCACCGUCUACGCCUCCCGCUUCGUCGACCCGUCUCUGGGUUUUGCCAUGGGCUGGAUCUACUGGUUCAGUUGGGCCAUGACGUUUGCCGUCGAGCUGACAGCUGCCGGUAUCAUUAUUCAGUAUUGGGACGCUAGUUUGAAUAUUGGAAUCUUUAUUGCCGUCUUCUGGGUUGUUUUCACCGCCAUUAACCUGCUGCCCGUCAGAUGGUUUGGUGAGAUUGAAAUGUACCUCUCCAGUAUCAAAGUCAUUACCAUUAUUGGCUUUGUCAUUUUUGCUAUUUGCAUCGAUGCCGGCGCUGGAAAAGAGGGCUACGUUGGUUUCCACAACUGGGUGCACCCGGGAGCCUUUGCAGGAUCCAUGGUCACUGGCCCGGUGGCCAAGUUUGUCGGCUUCUGGUCCGUCCUGGUCACGGCCGGAUUCAGCUACCAGGGUGCAGAGCUCGUUGGUGUGGGAGCCGGCGAGACGGCCGAUCCGGUCAAGGCAGUUCCUUCGGCCAUUCGCUGGACCUUUUGGGGCAUUCUCAGCCUGUUUGUCUCCACCAUCUUCUUCAUUGGCCUGCUGGUGCCGUACGACAAUGACGCCCUGACGACGGGCACGGAUAACGCCUCGUCAUCGCCCUUGGUCAUUGCCUGCAACCUGGCCGGCGUCUCGGUUCUACCCGACAUCAUCAAUGCCGUUCUCCUGACAGCCGUCCUCUCGGCCGCCCAGUCCAACGUCUACUCGGGCAGCCGCAUCCUGGUCGCCCUCGCCGAUGAGAAGCACAUUCCCAAGUGGAUGACCAAGACCAACAAGCACGGCACUCCCUACAUUGCUGUCAUGUGCACCUCGACAUUUGGUCUGCUGGCCUUCCUCAACCUGUCCGACGAUGGCAGCGAGGCUUUUGACUGGUUCAUGAACAUUACCUCGAUUGCCGGUUUCAUCACCUGGUCGUGCAUCAGCAUCUGCCACCUGCGAUUCAUGAAGGCGGCCAAGUUCCAGGGCAUCCCGCGCAGCCAGCUGCCUUACCGGGCGCCCAUUGAGCCCUACCUGGCGUGGUACGGACUCUUCUUUUGCGUGCUCAUCCUGCUGACCAACGGCUUCACUGUCUUUAUUGAGUGGGACACGAGUGAUUUCUUCACAGCCUACGUCAGUCUGAUUCUGUUCGUAGUGCUCUAUGCCGGCCACAAGCUCAUUUACAGGACAAGCUUUGUCAAGUUGGCCGACGUGGACCUGGUCCGGGGCCGUAUGGACCUCUGA